UUAGUCUAGUAGAGACUGUUUGUGUUGCACAGUUAUAACAGUGGAUUUGAUUAAGUCCAGUUUGAACACGACAUUGAGGACCAACAGUAGAUUGAAGGCAUUUCUUAAGGAGGAGGAGUGGAUUUAAAGGGAGGGAGCCAUGGCCUCCCUCCUUAUGCGUAUCUUUCGGCUGGGUGUGGAAAAAAAGCGGGUUAGACACUAUGAAAACCUUAAGAGGGAUGUGGAUCCACAUCAGAUGUGGGAGACUUUGGGUGAACUGGGGGAUGGAGCUUUUGGUAAGGUGUAUAAGGCUCAGAAUCCGACGACAGGGGUCCUGGGAGCUGCUAAAGUUAUUGAAGUAUGCAGUGAAGAGCAGCUGGAUGACUACAUCACUGAGAUAGACAUCCUUGCAGCAUGUCGCCAUGCAAAUAUUAUCUCUUUGCUGGAUGCCAUCUACUUUGAGGGCUGGCUAUGGAUCCUUAUUGAGUACUGCCCUGGAGGAGCACUGGAUGAUAUAAUGUUGGAGCUGGAGCGGGGCCUUUCAGAGCAACAGAUCAGUGAGGUGUGCUGUCAGACUCUGCAAGCUCUGUCUUACCUGCACCAACAUCACAUUAUACACAGAGAUCUGAAGGCUGGCAAUAUUCUGCUCACGAUGGAGGGACAUGUCAAACUAGCUGAUUUUGGUGUGUCUGCAAAAAUGGACAAUACCCUUCAAAAACGCUCAACUUUCAUUGGAACGCCAUACUGGAUGGCACCGGAGGUGAUCAUGUGUGAAACAUCAAAGGACAAUCCCUACAGCUCGAAAGCUGAUAUCUGGUCACUGGGCAUCACUUUGAUUGAGGCUGCAGAGAUGGAGCCCCCUCAUCAUUCUCUCAAUCCCAUGAGGGUCCUGCUGAAGAUCACCAAGUCUCCACCACCCACACUUUCCAAUCCUCGCCAAUGGUCAUCUCAUUUCCAAGACUUUCUGAGGAGGGCAUUACAUAAGACCCCAGAGGCUCGUUGGGGAGCCCAACAGCUCCUGGCCCACCCUUUCUCUUACUCUGGGCGAGAUGGGCGAGCCCUUAAAGAGCUCACUGCUGAGGCAAAAGCAGAGGUGACUGAGGUCAUAGAGGCUGAGUCUCUUUUAGACUUCCAGUGUUCUGUGAAUGAGAUGCUAGCAACAGAGUCUGAGCAAACACAGCCACAACCAGUACAAACAUUUGAAGAACAAAAACCACAUGAACCUAAGAGUCCUCAGAAGACCGUAAAUGCUGUUCCUCAAUUUCCCACCAACUCUGAGCCAUACAGUGAGGCUAAAGUAACUCGCAGGGCCUCCCAGGCCACAGAUAAAACACAAAAGAGGGCAAGACGUCUCUCUGUCCCUGGAAACCUGCUUUCGUUUCUGACAGGGAGCUCUCGUCAUUGCAAAUCUGGAUUCUGGGGUGACAAUUCAGCCGUUCGGGGAACUAAAGACUCUGAAGAUUCCAUUGCAGCAAAAACUGUGGCAAAUUGUCUUUCGGUUUCACAGGGAGAAGAUAGCCAUGAGAGUGAACGGACUGACAAACCCAAGGAGCAAACAUCUGACUUAUUUGAAGUAAAAAGUAAUGAGGCUGCUGAUGCCAAAGACAAGAAAGCUAAAGUAGAGACUGACAAGAAAGAAACCAAGAACUUAAAUCAUUCAAGCUCACAAACACACCUGCAAACCGAUAUCUCUGAAAAGAAAACACUAAAUCUUACCAAGCUGGACUCUGACGCUGAUGAGGAUUCAGGCCACAAUGACCAAACAUUCUGGAAAUCCCUCCAAAAACCUGCUAUUGUCGCCAAAAUUAACCUUCCUAGAGCAACGCAUCCACAGACCACACUGAUUAAAGCUUUAAGUUUGGAAACACCACUAACCAAAAAGUGCAAAAGCGACAAGGAAAUAUCAAAAAAUGAGUACCUUGAUUUGGCCUGUCCUUUGAAAACAUACAAUUCUCUUCUCACAGUUGAUAUUAACACAUUUUUAGCUGUUGAGAUGCUAUCUAGUAACAUACCUGAAGAAAUUCCUGAUCUUCAGAAAGGAAACCAGACAAAUGAACCAACAGAAAAUGACACUGUUGAGGAAACAGUCAUGCUUGUUGAUGAAAAAAAUGAGGUAGAAAUAGAAGGGCCUGCAGAAAUGGAGACAAAUGGAGGAACAGAGGACGAAACAAAAUUGGAAAGUUGUCAAGAAGGCAAAGACCUUAAUGGAGCUAAAGAUACAAGUACAGAAGAAGCCACCAUGGAAAAGCACAUUACCAUGGAGGUAGGGGAUGAGAAUGUCAAUGAAUCCAUCAACAAAGCUUCAAACGAGAAAGAGGAAAGCAGUGAAAAAGGUGAAGAACUGAAUGCGACAACAGAUACCGGGACAGAGCAAGAAGAACAUUUAGCCACCAAGGAAAGUAUGCCACCAACUGAGGUGGAAUUGAAAAAUGAAAAUGGUAAAACCACAAGACAAUCUGAUGAGAUGGAAACACUCAUCCAAAUUAAGGAAACAAAGAUCAUUGUUUUACACAAUUCAGGGAGAGAAAUAGAGCUAUCAACUAAAGUAACUACAGAAGAGACCAGUACUGAGGGGGAAAUGAGUAUCAGUGUCAAUGAAGGAGAAACCGAUGGAGAUGAGAAAGUAAACUGUUCUGAAGAGAAAGAAGUUGUUACUGAUUCAGAGGAACCUAAACAAGAAUGUAACCAAUGGAAUGAUAUUAUAAGCUUACAGAACUCCAAAGGAGACCAAUCGAAAAGCAAAGGUGAUGAAACAAUAGAUGUGACUGGACCAAAGCUGAAAAAGCAAGUGAUGUUUGCACUUGAGGAGGACAAAAAAAGGCAAGAUAAAACCAAUGAAAGGCCACUUGCAAAUGGCAUAGAAGAUUCAGACUUAAUACCACCACAUGUUGGAUCUAAUAGAACCACAACUAAGGAAUCUAAUGAUGACACAAUUCCACCUCUUUCUCCAACUACAGAGCCAACUUCCCCUCCUCUGUCCACUGGCUUUGAAGGGGACUUAAACCCAAGCAGGAGGACAGUAAAGAAAACUCGAAAAUUUAUGGUGGACGGUCAUGAGGUCAGUGUUACCACCUCCAAAGUGGUUAGUGAGAGAGAUGGCAAGGAACAACAAAUGCGCUCCACCAGACGGCAAGAGCUGCACGCGUUGAAGCUUUUGCAGAGAGAGGAGCAGAGAGAGCAUGCGCAGCUUGAGCAGAAACUCCAGCAUCAGCGAGAACAGAUGUUCCGCCACAUAGAACAAGAGAUGACUAGCAAGAAGCAAUACUAUGACAGUGAGCUUGAGAGACUUGAAAAACAGUACCAACAGCAAAGCAGUCAAAUGGAGGCAGAGCACACAGGCCGACUCAGAGAGGAUGCAAGGAGACUCAAGGCACAGCAGGAAAAAGAGCUUAGCCGCAAGAGUAGCGCCUUGAAAGCUGACCCGAAAGAGGAACAACGGUUCCUGCAGAAGCAGCAGCAGGAACUGAAUGAAGCUCUGCAGAAAGGUGUUCAGGAACAUAAGAGGAAGGUGGCAUCCAUGGAAUGGGAGAUUACAGUAAAAUCUCAACAGCUCAAGCGAGCUCGUGAGGCAGUGAUUUGGGAGUUAGAACAGCGCCAUCUACAGGAGAAGUACCACCUUUUCAAACAGCAGGUGAAGGAACAGUACUCCCUGCAAAGACAGCAACUGACGAAGAGACAUAACAAGGAUAAGGACAGAGCAUCUCGGUUCCAGCAGGUUCUUCUAGAGGAACAGAAGUCAUUGCAGGCACAGGAGAGAGCUUCCUUUCAGAAGGCCCAGAAAGCUGAAGCCAAAGCCUGUUUAAACCAGUUCAAGGUGGAACUCAGGAAGCUGGGAUUGAGCGGUCCUGAACAGCGUCAACGUCUCACGCAGUUUUUGUCAGAAGAGGAGGCCAGACAGAAGCAGGACAGGCAGGGUCUGCAAGAGAGUCAUGAGAACCAGCUGAAAGCAGUGCAGGAACAAUGUGAUGCCAGUGCUUUUGAACUGCAGCAACAUCAGAAUGAGAAGCUUCAAGUUCUUGUGGACAUGGAGAAGAAAAAGAUCAAUGCUCUGGAAGAUGAGCACACCCUGGAGCUCAAUGAAUGGAGAGAUAAGCUAGCGUGCAGGAAAGAGGUGCUAGAGGAAGAUCUGGCUCGCAGGCGCAGAGAAAAAGAAGGACCAAGAAGACGAGGCAGUGAACCUGAAAACCGACAUGCAGCUCGUCGUUCAAAGUUCUUCCCAAGCCUAAGCUUCUCUUGACCAAGAAUGGAAAUAUUUUGCACAUAAUCCCUGAUGUUUUUAUGUGUAAUGUUUUUAAACAUCAGGAUUUUAGGUUAUAAUUCAUACGUGUCUAAGGAAAAGUGCAGGUAACUGAACAACAAUUAAUUCAAUUCUUUUUUUCGAAUUCAUAUUACACUGCAUAAUACAACAAUUAGAAACUUAAAAUAGUUUUAGAUGAGAUUAGAUUUGCAGUCAAACAUCAGGACACUGCUGCUACUACCCAUAUAUUAAACCAUAUAUAAUUUUUUAAAUAAAAAUAUAAAGACUAAGGGGUCCAUUUGGAAUGGUCACCUGUCCACGGUGUUGGGAUAGGCUCCAGCACUAUGACCCUACAUAGGACAAGCUGCUUUUUUAUGUGGAUUUUAUUUCUGUAAAUGUGUUAAAACUUGUUUAGAAAUUAAGUGCUUUGUAAGUGUGCUUUAUGGCCUUAAAUGAAAAUGUAUUUGUAAAUAAACAACUAUU